AUGUUGUACAAGGUUGGCCCUAUGGGAUAUUUCGGCCGCGUUUAAAAGGUCUCACGCGGUCCCUGGUUCUAAGAAGGUCUCAUCGAGGAAGAUGGUCUUGAGUACUUCUAUACCUAUGAUGAUGGUACUGCUCUUACCUACUUGUUGAGUAACAAUAUCCCAGUACAAGAUAGAGAUAGACUCUAAAGAUUAUACGAUGCAUUCCAAAGAAACAGAUACUUGGCUUGGUUCGGAGGUCUCUGGGUUGGAGCUGAAGUUGUUGGCAGAGUCGCUUACUUCAGAAAUAUGGCACUAGGAUGGAGAUUAUUAUCCCUUAUUGGUGUUGGCUUCACUGUUAAAAAUGUUAUCCAAUUCUACAAUGGCUAAACCUAUGGUCAUCUUUUCUCUGCUUAUUUCAGAAAGUAUGCUCAAUUCGCAAAGAAGGACCCAUUUGAAAUUGAAGAUAGAAAGAGAGAAUACUUCGAUAUCGACACUAAUCAAUACAUGAACUACACCUUCGAAGAGCUAGGACACGAUUAUCACACUAACCAUGGCCCUCAACCAGACGGAGAAGCUCUUGAUAGUUCAUGGUUGUCAGAGUUAGAUAAAUUCUUAAGAGGAGAAGAGAACAAACUUAAGGAACACAAAAACUUCAUAAAUUACAACUACGAAUAUCUCGACAAGAGCUAUCCAACUGUCGAGAAUGCUCACAACCUACUACAUGCCCCAGUUGUUCCACCAAGGCCACAAUAUUGA